CGCUGUGUGGCUGCAUCAGCGCAUGGUUGCAACGCGACAGCUCGCAGAGACGUUUCAUUUUUUUUCCGCUGCUGUUGUUAUCACAUUGGGUCUGCCCUACGCUCCAGAAUGGAGACCAAGCCGGUCAUCACCUGCCUUAAAACCCUCCUCAUCGUUUACUCCUUCGUGUUUUGGAUAACAGGAGCCAUAUUGCUGGCAGUGGGAGUAUGGGGGAAGUUGAUGCUGGGCCCGUACAUCUCUCUGAUCGCCGACAACUCCACCAACGCUCCGUACGUCCUCAUUGGCACCGGGACCGUCAUCAUCGUUUUUGGCCUGUUUGGAUGCUUCGCCACCUGCAGAGGAAGCCCAUGGAUGCUGAAGCUGUAUGCCAUGUUUCUGUCGCUUGUCUUCCUCGCUGAGUUAGUGGCUGGGAUCUCUGGAUUUGUGUUUCGCCACGAGAUAAAGGGAACCUUUCACAGGACGUACACUGACGCAGUCCUGAACUACAAUGCUGAGGAUGAGGCGAGCCGUGCUGUUGAUAACCUGCAGCACAAGCUGCGUUGCUGUGGCGUGUAUAACUACACCAGUUGGUUUGGCAGUGUGUAUUACCCAUCCAACGGCAUUCCUGCCAGUUGUUGCUUCAACUCCUCUGACUGCAACCCAGAAGACCUCCGCAAUGCAACUAUAGCUCCAAACAAGGUCUACCACCAGGGCUGCUAUGAGCUGGUCACUUCAUUCAUGGAAACCAACAUGGCCAUUAUUGCAGGAGUGACGUUUGGGAUCGCCUUCUCACAGCUGAUUGGCAUGUUGCUGGCCUGCUGUCUGUCCAGGAUCAUCACAGCUAAUCAGUAUGAGAUGGUCUAGCUGACGUGACGUGGCAGGGAGAUGAAGAGAAGAAGCAACAAAGAGCCUUGAAACAUGACGAGUAAAUUCCCGAAACACUAUCACACGUCUGAAUAGGAAUUUACCUCCCUCCGUCUCUCUGCCUGUGAUCUUAAUGUAAUAUCUUAAUGUAUCUUAUUGUAAAGCACCAUUCCUUGACUCACUGCUGUUGCAUCAAAGCUUUCUAUACCACACAUCACACUGCCGCUUGAUGUAGAAGUUGCUCAUUAGCACAUAUCUUGGAUCAGUACAGCCUACAACAAGCAGGUAGACCGGAGUUGUCUGGGUCGACAGCGGUGUUGGUCUCAGAUAGGUGAUUGGGUGCAACUUGGCUUCUCAGUUGGAUGCAGCAUGCUCCACCGAUCGUCAUCAGAAGGCUACUGCACAUCUUUGUACAGAAUGACAUUACUAAAGCUUGAAAGUAAUACUUUAAUAGACGGGUUUAGUUUUGAAUUUGACUUUGCUAUCGCUCACCAUUGUAUAUACCUAUGGUUGUGACAUUUUGUGAACUGAUUGAGUACCGGGGAUGAUAUUUUAAGUUUUUAUGAAAAAUUUGGAAAUCGACAAAAGAAAGAAUAGAGAGAGCUGUUGGAGUAUUUUUAUCUGUAGACAAAGUGCGAUAUUUUUUUUAUAUUUAAUAUUUAAUUUAACUUAAUUUAGUACCAGUAUUAGUUUAUGGCUUUAGUCUAGAAUAAGACCACAGAUACCAAAUGUGAAUCUUUCCUGUCUGUCCUCCCACAGUAACAUAAAAUAAUAGUAAAUUUUACCGGAACUUACACUUCUUAAUACAUUAUAAAUGAUAUUUAAUAUCAGUUCAUUCGUUUUACUGGGGAAGAGAAAUAUAUUCAUCUAGCGAACAAACAAAUGAGGUCACUUAUGGAACAAAUCAAUUACUCUUUAGACUAAAGGCCCUGUCACACCAGAAAGUGAGGAGCGGACAAUAACUUCACACAGUCACAGUUUAUCCAAGAGAUGGAUUUGUACCAUCAACUCCUAUCUCAUAAUUGUCUCUAAACUAUUCCCAUUUUGUGGAGCAGUUUAUAUUAUAACAGACGAGGAGAUUAAAUAAAAGCGGAUGGUGCAAUUCAGCUAAUGUGCUACAACAGACCCUUCGCACUGCAGAUAUUUUUGACUUGUCAAUGUAGAGAAAUCAUAGGUGUAAAUAAUAACAUUAAUCAUGGCUCCAUUCCUUUGUGUCCCAGUAAGCAUGCACAAUACCAGGACCCUGAAACUGCCUCACCUAAAUGGAACACAGCCAUCAUUUAUGCUUUUAAUUCCCUGUGCUUUUCCUGCUUUGACAACUCAAAAUAUCUGUCAGUAAAAUGAUCUAUAUCUUCCUCUGUUUUGGACUUUUCUCCCUAAAACAGCAGUUGUUAGUGGUCAGGACAGCUUGCUGUUGGUCAACAUUGUAAAUUCAUGUGUUAAAGCUUAACAAAGUUGAAGUUGACUCAAAGUUUAAGCACAGCUUUAAAGUGCGUCAGUUUUAAAUGCUGGUGUGACCGGGCCUGCCUCAGUUUGCUAAACAGAAUAGUUGACCUGAACACGUUUCAAGCAAAGUCCAAACGGCCACGCACGAAGGUGGAUUGGAAAAACCUGCUGUCCUGAAGAGCGGCGCAACAUCAUAGAAAUGGCAUUUUGAUUUGAUACUCGAUUUUACACUUGAUUGUCAGAUGAAAAGUAAUGGAAGAAGUUGUGUGAAGAAUGAAGAGAGAUUGAGACAGAGCUUUAAAUCCUAAUUGUUAGAUUGGCGGUUUUGGAAAGUUACAAAAAUGAUCAGACGUGGCGCCUCCCCAUUAGAAAGAUGUGUGCAAGGGGACAGAGUUUUGGAUGAUCCAACAAACACUCAAUAUGAAGUAGUAAUGUUUUAGUCCUUGUCUUUCUUGUUUAAAAGAAACAGGAAAUGUCACGAUUACACUUAAAAGAGCAGUGAACAAGAGCUGAUUUUUCUUUCUUUCUUCUUUCGUGCUGAGGUGUAGUGAUGUAGGAGUAUACCUGACAUCACUGUUGGGUGUGGUCACAGUUGCAACAAAACAAGGAUGUUCAAUGUGACAGAGUUCAGCAAAACAGCACUUUUCAGCCUGCUAGGGUCAUAUCAAGUCAUUAGGGUCAUGAAAUUCUUCUAAUUGAAAGCAAAGCCAGCUGCCUGCUACAAUGAGAGAAGUCGACAUUAGAGAUACGCGGGGACUCCAACAGUGUCCAUCUAGUAUUUACAGUAUUCUAUGUAGUGCAUCAACAUGCCUCCAUCAUCAUCACCAUCUGUAGAUAUGUAUUGGAAAUGUAAUUUAUAUGAUGUAAUGUUUCUCAUUCUAAUAUGCUAAUAUAUAAAUGUUGUGUCAGAGUUUUGAUUCCGCACUUUGUGCUGUUAAUCUGUAUUUGUUUGAUAGUUUAUAGGAAAACACGCACUGACAAAAUAAUCGUGGCCAAUGUUUUGUUGAGAGUAACGUGCAACAUGUAGCUGUUUCAAUUUAGCUGUAUACUCAUGAUUUGGUUGGCAUUACGUUUACAGUUUCACCAAGUGAUUUUCUAUCUCUCUUUCAGUGUGUGUGAUUUUUGUUUUUGUUUUUUUCAUCAUUGUUUGACUAUCCUCUUAACCCUGUGUGUGUAGUUUCCUUGUAUGACGAGGCUUGUGUGUGUGUGAGAGAGAGAGAGAGAGUGUCUUGUUUUUAUGGCUCCUGUUGUGUUCAACUUUAGUCAGUAUUUCGUUGUGGCUUUUAAAAAACUUAUUGCGUUUAAAUUUGUACAUUUAUUUAGUGAAUGUAUGUUUUCCAACACUCUGAAACUUAUUUUCCUCCCUCAAGCUUAUAUUGUCCUGUAAAUACUAAAUUGUAAUACCAUCCAGCGUACACAUGGGGUCACCAGACACUCAAAAUGCACCAUGCUGUCUACUAUUGACUAAGUCACCAUCAGUGGUCUUAUUAUCAAUAAAUAUACAGAUAACA